ACUCAGUGCCCAUCCCACUCUCAAAGGAGCUGCACACACACCAACAGCCGACACACAGUCGGGCAGACGCACUUAACACACUGGCAAGCACAGAGCUACGCACACACAAUUUCAUCCACCAGCUAUAAGACAAGAGGCAGUUCCAGCUAAAGGACAUAAAAUCCAGCUCAGAGCUCCAGCAUGGAUGUUCUAAAGAAGGGAUUCUCCAUUGCUAAGGAGGGAGUGGUGGCUGCUGCUGAGAAAACCAAAGCCGGGGUGGAGGAGGCAGCUGCCAAAACCAAGGAGGGGGUCAUGUAUGUGGGCACAAAGACAAAGGAAGGUGUUGUGACAAGUGUAAACACAGUUGCCCAGAAAACAACUGAGCAGGCGAAUCUUGUGAGUGAGACCACUGUGGCUGGAGCCAAUCAGGUGUCAGAGAAGACAGUGGAGGGGCUGGAGAGUGUGGUCGCAUCCACCGGCCUGGUCAAACCGGAGGAGCUCUCCAAGCAAGAGGGAGCUGCAGAACAGUAGGGUGACGUCGUGAUGAACGCCCCUUGAUGAACACCCCCGUGAUGCUCUGCUUUUUUGCAUAAGAGGAGAGAGUUCAUUAGCUGCUGGCCAUGCCUGAAUAUUAUCAUUGCUAAACCUCUAAUGGGCACAAAAUAAUAUCCUACUUCACUCCUUUCUCCUCACAAACAACCUCUACUUAUCUCAAGUUUACCUCUUUCCUUCACAUAGACAUAUACACAUACAGAGAUACUCAUGUAACAUGACUUUAUUAUUUAGCUAUGUGAGGUUUACCUACAGUGUGCAAUGCACGUAAUUACCACAUUUGUGAUGCAUGUGCUUGUGUUUUGGAGAUUGUAUUAACUAGCCCUAAAAACUGGUGUCCAUCAGUUUUCCUCCAUUAAGAAUUAUUUCAGAUACAAAAACAUUCCAGUCAAUACACACAUAUUGUUGCUUAUAACACCAAAGAAGAUGUUUGAGACAUGGGUCAGAAGAAGACGGAACAUGAAGUGUGAAGAAUAUAGCAAGUUAAACCUGUUUAGGUACUCUUAAAGGUAUAGUUCAGCCAAAAAUGAAAAUGAUCAUGCUCAUGCUAUCUCUGAUGUGUAUGACUUACUUUCUUCUGCAAAACACAAUACAAUGGCCAUACAAUGCAGGUGAAUGGUGACCAAAACAUUGAAGCUCCAAAAAAAAACAAAGGCAGCAUAAAAGUAAUCCAUCAG